AUGGCCCGGGCAUUAUUAUUCUUUGCCGCCUUGGCAUUGACAUUUCGGCAAUGUGUUUCCAGCCCAUUCCCCAUUGAACUGGACUUGCGAAGCGAGCCUUCCUCACGGUUAUCCAACAUUCAUGUCUCUUACGCGAGGCAUAUUUCCGGGCAAGUCACUUUCACGUAUGGGCCAUGCCAUACAAUAUCAUGGGACGAUGGACACACAGUGCUUGCAAGGUCGGAUUCUGCGACUCUCGACUCAAGGCUGGUGUGGCAUAUUCCAGAAGAUGCGCCUGGCCUUGUGUGUAUCUCGGCAUGGGACGAGACCAGGACUCUUGUUGGCCGCAGUGAGCCUCGAGACGUCCAAUUCGCAAAGAGAAAAGUCAAUAGGAAAAGAUCUCUGGAUCCUAUCCACCUAACGGACGAAGAUGGAUUUGACACGCUCGGCGCAUGGUUCGAUGGCAUUGAGGCUCUACUACAAAGCGAGGCCAGCCUUAUCGAUGUGACGGCAGCGAAACAGAAGGAAAUUGCCAUUGUUGGCGCCGGCAUGUCCGGCUUAAUGACAUACUUGGUUCUCCACCAGGCAGGCUUCACCAAUCUUACUCUUCUUGAAGCUAAUAAUCGCGUUGGCGGUCGAGUAUACACAGCGUAUCUAUCAGGCGGGCCUUUUGACUAUUCUUACCAGGAGAUGGGACCAAUGCGAUUUCCAGUUGGAUACACAGACCCAGAUAGCGGCGAGAAAUACAACAUCUCUGACACGGAGCUAGUAUUCUCCUUGAUAGAAGAGAUCAACGAGAUGAACAAGAACAAGCCAGAUUUAAAGGUCGAUCUGAUACGGUGGUACGAUGAAAGCCAAAACGGGCUACAAUACUUCAACGAGUUUCGCAUGAAAACCGGCUUGCCACCAACUUUGGGACAAAUCCGCAAUGAUUCAUCACUCGAUCAAUCCCGCCCGAUGGAUAGCACGACCAAGAGUUUAGACGACGUUCUGUUAAACGACUUACCUGGAGAUGGGUUCAUGGUCGAAAUGGCCACGAACAUGUACAAGGCGCAUAAGAAAUGGACAUCCGAAGGCCUCGGCGGCAAGCUUCAAGGAGAUCGCUGGUCCGAAUUCGCCUACAUAUCGCAAUACCUUAAAGGGAGUCUCAAUAGUACCGACGUCAUUGUUGGGCCAGAAAACGCCGAUGGCAGCUUUUGGCUCUGGGAGUACGAUACUCUUUACGAGAGCGCUGACUCUUGGAGAACUAUUGAUGGCGGCAUGAGCCGACUGCCAGAGGCUUUCCUGCCUUUAGUCAAGGACAAUUUACGCCUCAACACCAAGAUUGAACGUGUCAGGCACGCGAAUGACAAAGUGACACUGCAAUGGAGGCAUGAUUACAAAGACUCCUUGCACUCGUCAACAUAUGACUAUGCUAUAGUCGCUGUGCCCUUUACUGUUGUUCGCCAGUGGCGCAUGCCGAAUAUGAACAUGAUCAUAUCGAACGCGAUUAAUAACCUAGUCUACGAUACAUGCUGCAAGGUUGCUCUGGAAUACUCAGAGCGGUUUUGGGAAAAGUACGACAACCCAAUCUACGGAGGUUGUAGCACUUCAACAGAUAUACCUGGCAUAAACAUCGUUUGCUACCCGUCGUAUAACAUCAACGGAACGGGUCCUUCGGCUAUUAUUGGGGAGUACGUAGAAGGGGCGGCCAACCAUGAAUCAGCAAGGAUGAUAACCAUGUCCGAAGAAGAGCAUGUACAGUAUGUGCUGGACGCAAUGACUGAGAUACACGGUGAAGAAACCCGGAAACUGUAUACUGGAAAGUUUGCCAGGACUUGCUGGGCACUGGAUCCCUUUACGGCAGGGUCAUGGGCGAGCCCCUCGGUUGGACAGCACGAGCUGUACAUUCCCGAGUACUUCAAAGUACAUAAAAAUAUGAUUUUCGUCGGCGAACACACAUCUUAUACACACGGUUGGAUAUCAUCCGCCUUGGAUUCUGGAGUUAGAGGCGCAGUCCAAAUGCUGCUGGAACUUGGCCUGGUCGAUGAGGCAAAGGAUGCAGUGAAGAAAUGGAUAUUAGACAGGGUUUCAUAA